CAAUGCCCAAGAAAGACUGGGCAGAAAGCCUUGCCAGGAAGCAGUGUUGCAACCCUGGCUGCCCUCCUCUGCCUGUCAGGAAUGGGGUGGGGACUUCCCAUUGUCCCCCUCCCCCCCCCCCCCCCCCCCGUCCCAGCAGGUAUAAGGCUGCCUGUCCCAGGUCCCCCAACACCUCCUGGGAGGAAGGAGAAGAGCCAUCAUGGUGUCCCACAGUGCAAAGCAGAGCCCCGCGGGCGGCCCGCAUUGGCGCCCAGCCCUGCUGCUCCUCGCCCUGCUCGCGGCCUGGGCCCAGGGCGGCCGCCCCGACCCGGGGGAUUGCCUCCUCGCGCCUUCCGGCAACGGCAGCUCGGCCACCUGCUUCUCCGUGGCCGCGUUCCCCAGCGCCCUCCCGGCCGACACCGUGCACCUGUCUGUGGAGUUCUCCAACCUCACCGCGCUCCCGGAGGCCGCCCUGCGCGGGGUUCCGGGCCUGCGGGAGCUGCAUCUCUCCAGCAACCGGCUGGAGGCGCUGGCGGCCGAGCUCCUGCGCCCAGUGCCCGGGCUCCAGGUGCUGGACCUCACCCGCAACGCCCUGGGCAGCCUCCCGGAGGGCCUCUUCCUCGCAGCCUCCGCCCUCCACACCCUGGUGUUGAAGGAGAAUCGGCUGCGGGGCCUGCGGGCCUCCUGGCUGCGGGGCCUGACGGCGCUCGGCUUCCUGGAUCUCUCCGGGAACGGCCUCCGCGCCCUGCCGCCCGGGCUGCUGGCCAACCUGUCCGCCCUGCACACCCUUGACCUUGGGGAGAACCGACUGCGGACCGUGCCGCCCGGCCUCCUGCGGGGUCCGCUGGCGCUGCAGCGCCUGCUCCUGGACAGGAACCAGCUGCACAGCCUGCCCGGGGACCUGCUGCGGCCACAGCCCGGCCUGCGCUUCCUGUUCCUCCAAGAAAACCGCCUGGCCUCCCUGGAGGCCGGCCUUUUCCAAGGCCUGAGGCGGCUGGACCUGUUAGAUCUAUCCAGCAACGCGCUGAGCAGCGUGCCCCCGGGGCUCUGGGCCGCCCUGGGGAGGCCGGCCCGGGACAUGGAGUAUGGCUUCGACCUCUCCCGUAACCCCUGGCUCUGUGGCCCGGACCUGCGCGACCUCUACCGCUGGCUGCGAGACAACCAGCACAAGAUGUUCUCCCUCAACGACACGCGCUGCGCCCGGCCGGAAACCCUGGAAGGACAGCCGCUGUUGGCAGUGGCCAGCUCCCAGUGAGGCCCGGGGCUGGGGCGGGCGUGGGAGAACCCCACGGAGAACCCCCACGCAGCAACCACCACCUCCUGCCAGGCCAAUUCCAGUCUCCCACUGCUACUGGGGUCCCCUGUCAACCAAGUUCCCCAAACCCACACAGGCUGUCCAGCCACCCCUCCCCCCACUCCCCACCACCCC